GUUGACUUGAUUUUUUGGGUUUUGUUUACUUGAGUUUUUCAAUUCUGAUCUGGUGUUUUCCGAUGGCGAUCAAAGAAGAGACGGAGGAGAGUUGCGGAAGCAGAGCAGUAGUAGCUUCAAUAACGAAAGAAAGCCCUAGACAGCAUCGUAUGAAACUUGAGGUGUACGGUGAAGUUCUUCAACGAAUCCAGGAGUCCAAUUACGAAGAAGCUAAUUUCCCUGGUUUUGAUGAUCACCUCUGGCUUCACUUCAAUCGUCUUCCUGCUCGAUAUGCUUUGGAUGUGAAUGUUGAGAGAGCAGAAGAUGUUCUUACUCAUCAGAGAUUGUUGAAAUUGGCUGAAGAUCCUUCUACUAGACCUGUUUUCGAAGUUCGUUGUGUACAGGUUUCUCCCACAUUGAAUGGAAAUUCUGGUGACGUUGAUCCUUCAGAUCCUGCGGUCAAGGAAGAUGCUCAAAGCUCUUAUAACUCGAGGGCUCUUGCACCUCCAACUUUUGGUUCUUCUCCGAAUUUCGAGGCUCUUACUCAAGCCUACAAAGAUCAUGCUCAAGACGAUGAUAGUGCUGUCAAUGCACAGUUGCCUAAUUCUCGACCGAUGCACGAAAUCACCUUUUCUACAAUAGACAGGCCCAAACUCCUUAGUCAGUUAACUUCCAUGCUUGGUGAACUUGGAUUGAAUAUUCAAGAGGCUCAUGCUUUCUCUACCGCGGAUGGUUUCUCUUUGGAUGUAUUCGUUGUUGAUGGUUGGUCGCAGGAGGAAACAGAAGGUUUAAAAUAUGCAUUGACGAAGGAGAUAAGGAAGCUUAAGGAUCAACCUUGUUCAAAACAGAAAUCUAUCACUUUCUUUGAGCAUGACAAAUCAACCAACGAGCUGCUACCUGCAUGUGUUGAAAUACCUACGGAUGGAACUGAUGAGUGGGAAAUUGACAUGAAACAGCUCAAAAUUGAAAAAAAGGUGGCAUGUGGAUCCUACGGGGAACUAUUUAAAGGAACCUAUUGUAGUCAGGAAGUAGCUAUCAAAAUUCUCAAGCCUGAGCGUGUUAAUGCGGAAAUGCUACGAGAGUUUUCUCAGGAAGUGUAUAUAAUGAGGAAAGUCCGGCAUAAAAAUGUUGUCCAGUUUAUCGGUGCAUGUACACGAUCACCAAACCUCUGCAUUGUGACUGAGUUCAUGACUCGGGGGAGCAUAUAUGAUUUCCUUCACAAACACAAAGGCGUUUUUAAAAUUCAAUCUUUGCUCAAAGUGGCACUUGACGUCUCGAAAGGAAUGAAUUAUCUGCAUCAAAACAAUAUUAUUCAUAGAGACCUAAAGACUGCUAAUCUUCUUAUGGACGAACAUGAAGUUGUCAAGGUUGCCGAUUUUGGGGUUGCCAGAGUGCAGACUGAGUCGGGGGUCAUGACAGCUGAAACAGGGACAUACCGAUGGAUGGCUCCAGAGGUCAUUGAGCACAAACCUUAUGAUCACAGGGCAGAUGUCUUCAGCUACGCGAUUGUGCUGUGGGAACUUUUGACUGGGGAACUCCCAUAUUCUUACUUGACUCCACUGCAAGCUGCUGUUGGCGUUGUCCAAAAGGGACUUAGACCAAAAAUUCCAAAGGAAACACAUCCAAAACUGACUGAACUUCUUGAGAAAUGCUGGCAGCAAGACCCAGCCCAAAGACCCGAUUUUGCAGAAAUCAUAGAAAUGCUUAACCAACUAAUCCGUGAGGUUGGAGAUGAUGAGCGCCACAAGGAUAAACAUGGUGGUUACUUUUCAGGCCUAAAAAAAGGUCAUCGUUGACACUCUCGGGUGCGCUGAUGGUUUGAUCGGUUUGAUAGAGCUCAACUCACUUUUCGUUUUUCGUUGUACAGUUUCUUAGAGCCUCACUCUUUUUGUCCAUGUUUAAUUUUGUUUAAACAAUCUCCUUUUGAUACAAUGAUCACUGCAGAGAUUGAAUUUUAUUGA